GCUCGCCAAACGUGUUUCCAGAGAAUACAAAAAAGUCCGAAAAUGUGCAAUUAGGAGACUUGUGCGGUUGGAAAGUUGCAGGAAAAUUCGAAUUUAAAUUGAGUUUUUAGUGGGUUAGAAGACAAACAUUGAACUCCUAUAGAGUGUCCUGACUCGGGAAGAAACCUGUGGAACCGGAACCGACGUGGAAGCGAAUUCCAUUAUGUUCCCGUUUUCCUCGCUGCAAGUCGAGUACAGCAACUUCCACCGUUCGUCCCAGAUCAUGUCCAACGCGCUGAGCAUGACCAACUCGGCGGGCUUCCCCCACUCGUGGAUCGUGUCGGGGCAGGACUUUUGUCCGAUCACGUACUCGUCGAUCCAGAGCCACAACUCGGCCGUUUCCAGCAACCUGCAGCAGGUCGAGCCGGGGCUGAUCGAGCUGCGGAAGGAAAAAUCCCGGGAUGCGGCGCGAUCGCGGAGGGGGAAGGAGAACUUUGAGUUUUACGAGCUGGCGAAGAUGUUGCCGUUGCCGGCUGCGAUUACCAGUCAGUUGGACAAGGCGUCGAUCAUCCGGCUGACGAUCAGCUACCUGAAGCUGAAGGAGUUUAGCGAGAAUGGGGUGCCGUCGUGGUGUAAGGAACCGAUCGGGUUUCAGAACUACAACUCGCCGCAGUACUUUAACGAGAUGUUUGAGACGCACUUGGGCACGCACAUCCUGCAAUCGCUGGACGGCUUUGCGCUGUCCACCGGGGUUGACGGACGCUUCCUGUACAUCUCCGAGACGGUGUCGAUCUACCUUGGCCUGUCCCAGGUGGAGAUGACCGGCAGCAGUAUCUUCGACUACGUCCACAAGCAAGACCACGCCGAGCUAGAACACCAACUGGGCGUCAAAAAGAACUCCGAGUACUCGGGCUACGUCUACGCGGACGAUCCACCCGAGAAAACCGUCCUGAAGAUCGCCUCCUCAAAAGACCCGAAACCAACCCAGUUCGCCGAAUCCUACGAAGGUGACGAUCGCGCCUUCUGCAUCCGAAUGAAGUCAACCCUCACCAAGCGCGGCUGCCACUUCAAAUCCUCCGGCUACCGGGUGAUCCUCCUCCUUUGUCACCUCCGCAAACGAAACGCCCACUCCGACGUCGAUCACGUCUCGACCUCGUCCUCGUCCUCCUCCGACAGACAAACCGUCAUCGGAAUGGUCGGAAUCGGGAUCGCCCUGCCGCCACCCUCGCUGCAUGAGAUCAAACUGGAGUCGGACAUGUUUGUGUUCCGGACCAGUCUGGAUCUGACGAUCAUCCACUGUGAGAAUAGGAUCGCUAGCUUCCUGGACUACACGGCGGACGAGCUGAACGGGAAGAGCAUCUACUCGCUGUGCCACGGGCAGGAUGCGCACAAGCUGAGGAAGAGUCACAGUGAAUUAAUCCAAAAGGGCCAGGUCCUGACGCCCUUCUACCGCAUCCUGAACAAAACGUCCGGCUACUUCUGGAUCCAGACGUGCUGCACGAUGGUCUGCCAGACGAAGAACAUGGCCGACCAGACGGUGAUCUGCGUCAACUACAUCAUUACCCGGCCCGAGCGGGAAAACCUCAUCCUGGACAUCUCGCAGAUGCCGAACGUGGUCCACACGGACUAUCACGCCGCGGCCAAGGCAAAGAGGGCUGCGGCCGCUGCCGCUGCUGCUGCAGCUGCUGCCGCGGCCGCCAUCGAUUACGAGCUGGCCGGAGAGGUGAAGGAUGACGCCGGUUACAUCGGGGAUGACCACAAGGAGCUGAUAGAAAAGUCGCCGCACAAGGGGCUGAUGUUUGAGAAGAAGGAUCGGGACGAGCUCAAGUCGACGAGCAAGCGGUUGAAGGCCGGCAGUCCGAUCUUGUCGUUGGCCGCGCACAGUGGAGUGGCCACCGGAGGUGGACUGGUCGGGGAGAACCACGUGGCGGGGGAGAAAAAGUCCUCGAACGGGAAGAAGAGCGCGUCCUCGUCGAACCGGGCCAGCGUGAUUCGGGUGCUGAACAAGACGUCGUCGAAGAAGAUUCUGCAGGAGAACCAUUAGAAUUUAGGAGCAUUUUUUAGAAUUAUUGUUAAAUAAAACUCUACAUUCCAGCUGUGCUUGAGCAUGUACCAAUAAUGGCCGUAUUUAUUGCUUGCUACCAACUCUAUCGUACCGAAUAAUAAAACAAAUACUCUUCUUCCUUGUGUAACUUAAGGGGCAUUUAAAAUCUACCAGUUGUAAGGUAUAUUGUUAUUAAUCGCACUCGUACUAUUACAAACUAAGUGGAAUAACUUACCAACCAGUGUCAGUAUCAUUAGAGGAGGAUAAACAUCUAUCUAGAAUACUCUAUCGAAUAUUAGAAAUUAGAACACUCAAAGUAUGUUUAGUAACAUUAUUGUAAAUCAUUAUCUUUUUAGGAUUAUCAAAGCUAGACAGGACAACAUGAAAUGAUAAAUAAUGUAAAACUAUACUAGUGGAAAAUAAAAUGCUAUAUUAUGU